GGCGGUGCUCACGCGGAACCUAAAAGGGCAGAGAUCAAGGCGGGUGCGCAAAGUGUCUGUUGGUUCUGCUUUCGCUCUCUCCACUUUCGAGGACUGUGUUUUGGCUUCUGAAGCAGUGUUUGCCGCUGUUGCCGCCGCCUGGAGUUUCCUCAGGCUCCAGGUUUCUCUACCAUACAAGAGGAUUCCGGGAAGAAGAACGGAGCUCAGGAGCCAGUAACCCGGUUCUCCUACGCCUCUAUCAGCCCGAGAUCGCCCCGGCAGGGAUGGACAACAAGAUCUGGUUGUCUCUCCCGGUGCUGCUCAUGGUCGCUGUUCCAUCAGUGCUGUUGCGGGGGGUGGCUGGCUUCACGCCUUCCUUAGACAGCGACUUCACGUUUACCCUUCCAGCCGGCCAGAAGGAGUGUUUCUACCAACCCAUGCCCCUGAAGGCCUCGCUGGAGAUCGAGUACCAAGUUUUAGAUGGAGCAGGAUUAGAUAUUGAUUUCCAUCUUGUCUCUCCAGAAGGCAGAAUGUUAGUUUUUGAACAAAGAAAAUCAGAUGGAGUUCACACGAUAGAGACUGAAGUUGGUGACUACAUGUUCUGCUUUGACAAUACAUUCAGCACCAUUUCUGAGAAGGUGAUUUUCUUUGAAUUAAUCCUGGAUAAUAUGGGAGAACAGGAAAAAGAACAAGAAGAUUGGAAGAAAUAUAUUACUGGCACAGAUAUGUUGGAUAUGAAACUAGAAGAUAUCCUGGAAUCCAUCAAUAGCAUCAAGUCCAGACUAAGCAAAAGUGGUCAUAUCCAAACUCUGCUUAGAGCAUUUGAAGCUCGUGAUCGCAAUAUACAAGAAAGCAAUUUCGAUAGAGUCAAUUUCUGGUCUACGGUUAAUUUAGUGGUCAUGGUGGUGGUGUCGGCCAUUCAAGUUUAUAUGCUGAAGAGUCUAUUUGAUGAUAAGAGGAAAAGUAGAACUUAAAACUCCAAAGUAAAGUACUUAACAUUGAAAAACAUAGGUGGAAAAAUGCAAUAAACUGUUACAGUCAAGGUCAUUAAUAAUUUUUCCCAAAAUAUUUUCAGGCUUCAUCUUGUGACACAAGUAUAAUUUUAACACGAAGGCAAAGUCUUUACUUUCAUCUGUGCAAGUAAUCGUAUUGAUCCAGUAGUACUUAAGUACUUUUAAGAAAUAUUUUUAAGAGUAUAGAUAUAACUGAGUGAAGAAGCCAUAUAACUAACUGCAUAUUCCUGAAUUGGAAAAAAUUUUACAAAUGUCAGAGUUGUUUUAAACAAAUGAAUGUUGGGCCUCAGUGCAACUCCAAACAAUCUGUUUUUAAAAGGUUCUUACCCAGAAGUUUCUUUAUAAAUGUGGCAAUUAAAAAAAUUAAUUGUAGUUUUCAAUAUGUUGUUAUAAAUCUUAUAAUUACCUAAUCAUGGAUUACCUAUAUGUUUAGAAGAUAAAGCUCAACUUUUCUCUACAUAUGCACCUCUCAUAUAAUGUAAAUAGAAGUAGCUUUAAAACAAUAACAUUUUUGAGAUUUUUAUAACCAAAUACUGUAUUUCAAUGUAAAAUAUUAGUAAAAAUAUUAGUUUUAUAUAUAGUUUACAUUCCCCAAAGCUAACAUCUUGACAGUUAAGAAUGCAGUCAUACUUUCCUUAUUAAAAUUAUGACAGAUUUUCUCUUUGAAGUUAAGAAUAUGGUCAAAGAUUGCUGAGACUCCAUAAGGACACAAACAUUCUGUCUAGCUCUUAACUUAAAAUAUAAGAUUUUUUUAAUUAAAUGUGAGAAAAUAAUCUUAUUUUUAUAUUACCUGUCAACAGUAUUAUGUUAAUUUUGACAUGACUACUGACUUGUCAUUUGUGCGGGAAAUAUUGCUAAAAAGCUGGGCCUAACAUAAACAUCUUAUCUUCUUCGCUUGCAAAAUGAUCAGAAACAAUAAAAAGGAGUUUAGAUCAAGUUAGGAGUACCCGAUCAAAAUAAAGUUCACUGAAAUAGAACUAUAAAUAAAUGUCUAGAAUCUGAUUGGCUCAUCAUGAUGAUUCAAUCUUAAUAUAAAGUAUAGGAAAUCAAUUUCCAGUUAACCCUUAUAUAUUUGGGUGUGGGGUUUUUUUUGUGUUUUUUUUUUUUACUUAUUUCAUACCAUUUUAAAUCUUUUAUAAGUAUUCAGGUACAUAUGAAACUUAAGCUGCCCUCUUAAGUUUCAGCACUGAGUAUACUUAUUUAUUUCAAUUUUUAUUGUUACUUUCAUAAAUAUCCUUUCUGAUCACUAUUGACGCUGAAAUAAGGAUGGAAAACAGCAUAAUCCCAAGUUAUGAACACCUAAUACGUGAAUAACCAUAUGUACAUAGAAGAUCUCUGCCAUCUUAGUUUACUAAUAAGUACUAGUAAUUUAGCUACAUUACUUAAUGUACCCUUACUCGAGUACUAGUAAUUUAGCUACAUCAUCAGUUAAAUAAAUUCCUCUGCUACACUCAUUUGUAAUAUUGUAAAUGACAAAAUGUAUUGUGAAUUAGAAACAAUCAACUUAUAAAUUUGGGUAUAGAAUCCAUUGAUAGGUUAGUAUUGCUGGAAUUCUUGAUAAGUGAUAAUGAUAUCCAGAGACAUAGUGGUUUCAUUUAUACUAAGAGUGGUACAGAAAGAUAUAUUUCCCUUCUUAGUCCCUUGGGAAAAAACAGGCCUAGAAUCCCUACCCUCAGGCAUUUUAAAAAUAACAGUAAACACCAUAUAUGAUCAAUUGAUUACCUUAAUUAACUAAGAAUGCUUCGGGUGUCUUGUUUAACAUAUGCAAAAUAUGGGACAAUAUAUGACCAUUGCCUAUGAAGAACCCUCCCUUUUCCUGCUGUUAAAUUUGUAAUGAGAAGCAAAUUUUAGUACCAUAACUAAUAAAGCAGGGUACAGAUAUUAACUACUGCAACUUUUCUAUAAAACUGUGAUUAUGAAUUCUACCUCUUAUGUAUGGCUUGUUACUGUACAGUACUCUGAUUCCUUACCUAACAUUGAAUGUUUUAUCAUCUACAUAUAUGAUCUGUGCCACUGAUUGUAACCCUAUGACUCUAUAAUAAAAAUAAUUAAUGGCUUUAUUUGGAAAACUUAGAAAUGUUUUUCUUAAGAAAGAACUUAGGAAUGUUAAGGACAAUUUUAUUUUUAUACACACACAGUAAAAAGAAUGAGAUUAUUUAAGAAGCGCAUUACCUGUAUUAACAAAAAAUCAGGUAAAUUUGCAAAUAAAAUAUUUUAACAUUUUUAAAAGCUUAUUGUUUAUCUGCUUACUGUUUUAAAAAAAAAGUCAGUAUUCCGUUUCUCAAUUAAAAUUAUGCUAAAAUUAAGCAAGCUAUUAAUGAUUACCUGAUUUUGUCUUUGGUUGUUAACUGUAUAAAUUUUUAAAAUACAGUAUUUUACUAAGGCUUAGACUGUCAGUCUGAUUUGCUUUUUAUUAAUGAUGUGCAAUUCUCUCAUGAGAAUGUCAAAAAAUGGAAGGUAAAUAAGUUUGAAAAUAUCACUGAAAUAAAUGACAAAUUGAACUGUAAUUUUGUGUCAUCCUUUUAAAAAAUUGUUGUCUUUAAUUCAAAGAAAAUUGAAAAAACCUCUAAUUGUAUGCCUCCCCGAAUGAAAAUUCCUUAUCUGAAAAUUUAAAAGAAACUGAUUAAACAUUUAAUGUUUUUUCAUCUUUAGUGUAAUACACCAUUCUUCUUCAAAUUGCUUUAUAGUUUUGAAACACAUUAAAUGAGCAAUGAAAUAUGAAUUCUGAGCUGAGUAUAUAUAUAAAAUUACUAUUAAGGAAAAUCUUAUUUAUCCACCAGUCAUUAUAAAUGCCAUCUACUCCUUAAAGCCUUGAUUGAUCUCAUCUAACUAAAUGGACUCUCCCCUCCAUUUGAAAUCCCAGGCUCUGUACCUCAUUCUACUUGAAUUACUGGAUAUUUAUUUACAUACAUACACAUAUAUAAUUCCUCUGUUGCCUAAACAUGCAUUGUACCUGAAAAGUGCUCAAAAGAUCAUUAGUUCUUGUGACCUAUGACAUUCUUUGAAAUUUGCUAACUACUUGUUAAAUUGUACUUUGAAAAUUAUCACUGUUAUGUAUAUAUA